CGCCAUGGACGCCUACAGCACCUAUCGUCGCUGCACUCUGCGUUCCUUGCGCCUGGCCGCUGUCUACUGGACCUUGAGCGGGGUCCUGGCGGUCUAUGUUCUUUACACCGCCAUCACCUCUAAGAACCAUUUGCUACAAGAGGUGCUUUCUACAGAUGCGGUGCUGUUUGCGCGGUUUGAGGAGGAAAAAGACAAGCGACCGAAGUGUGCGGAGAUGAACGCCACAGGUCUUUGUGUGGAACUCCCUUGGCUGGACGCCGUGGAAGUCUCGGCCUCGCGCGGUUUCCUGGCGACCUACAUGGAGGAAGCUCUCUUUCUGGGUCGUCCUGCCCUGCAACGCCUGGGGGCGCCAGUUGAAAGCCAGCAGCCGCGGAAGGUCCGCAGCCAAGGAUUCUACGUAGGUCAGCCUGAACUUUGGAGCCUCGUCUUAGAAGAUCGCUUGGCUUCCAUUGCAGGCACUUGGUCCAGUCAGGACCUUGCAGGUUUCAUGCGGGAAGACCAUCUGGAUGGAAGUUACAGUCACCCUAUCGAGUACGCCGCAAAUGGAUUGCCCAAAGAGGUAAGAGUCAAGAUUGGCGGCCACAAGAAUCAGAUGGAUCGCAGAGUCAAGGUGAGCAUGUCUGAGCUUCUGAGUGCGGCCAACGUCACACUUGACCAGGAAUGCAGUCGCUGUGCAGAGUUUAACUUGACCGGCGAGAGAGCUCGAUUGCGGCGCGUGGGGCUGGAGCUGGACUUGACGCUCUUUUAUUCCAACCUGUGGUUUUCAUGGGCCGAUGUGUCAACCUGGUUCCUGCCCAACAAGGAGGUCACCUUCGAGCUGCGGGUCCAGGCGCGGCAGCCCGUGGAGGGCGUGCGCACCAUUCGGAGCGUCGCCGCGGCGCAGUCCUUCUUCGACGCGCGGGACUACAAUGGUACAAAGGACGACCAUCCGCGUGUCACUCGCAGAAGCUUCGGCAUUCGCUUGCUGUUUCAUCAGCAGGGCGUCAUAGGUCGUUGGGAUCCGAUGACCUUGGCCUUUUUCUGUUUGCAAAGCUGCACCUUUCUGGGCGUCGCCUGGACUUUGACGGAGCUGCUCUGCACCUUCAUUCCCAUCCUUUGCGACCUGCGGGGUCGCCCUGCACCCGCCUGGCUGGAGUCGCUGCAGCGGGCACCACGCGAAAAGAAGGAGUGAUCUUCGCUGCUUCGCAG